UGUAGAGUGGCCGUUGAGGGUGAGGGUGAUGUGUUGUGGGUGCGUUACAUGACUGAGCAUGGACUGAGCACUACUUUUCCUUUAAAUAAGUAAUACGGCUGGUUAUUUGUACUAUAGAGAAGUUCAUUGAUAAAGUUUCACUCUGUAUAUUACAAUCGAGGUUUUCCCUGUAGACUGGAAUAAAGAAGGUUGGAUGAUACGACACGGGUCCAUUUUAAUCGAUUAAGUAAUCUACUCUAGUCUCUACCACAUCACUAAAGAUUCAAGAUUUUAAGAAACAAACUGUCAAAAACGUAAACAGAAAUAUAGCGCGCUGCCGCGCUCUUGGUCGAUUGUUUAUGUUUUUUCUGUGUUUGCUUUCGUUUAUUUUAAAUAAAUUUAAAUUUACAUGCAGUGCACGUAUUAAUCUCUUAUUCGUGAGUAUAAUAACCAACCAAAAUGCCUAAAGCGAUGCGGGAAAUGUUGGAAAAAGGUUAUUCCAUUGAUGAACCGGACCGUAUGCCUGAAAACAUUGAGAUUACUAACUUCGACAUCUUGAUGUAUGUUUUGGCUAUCGCCGGCCACUUUGUGGACAUGGCAGUGGACACCAACAUCGCAGUUCGGUAUUACUUGGCCCAUAAGUACAUGGAGUUUGGAUGGACCUUUCUUUUCAUAGUGCUCCCAGCGGUGGUCAAUACUGCAGUCUCAGCUAGAAUGUACUCUCAGGACCAGCAGCAGGACACGGAGCCGGACCAGUUCACGAAGAGGCGAAAACUCCGCAUCAUCAUGCUGAUACUACUGAUGGCUCCCGUCAUGCGGGUCACUGAUGCCCUGAUCUAUGCACUAAAGUCCCGCAAGGCGGAGCGCAAGCGCGACCUGUCAUCACAACGUCUGUACUACAAGCUGAUGCUGAAGGAAGACUCGGACGCGGCGCUGCUGAAGGUGUUCGAGUGCUUCCUGGAGGCCGCGCCGCAGCAGGUGCUGCAGAUGAGCCUGCUCAUGUGGGGCGAGGAGAGGUUCACGUUGCACCAGAGCCUCUCGAUCGCCUCCUCCGUGGUGGGCAUGGGCUGGUGCCUGGCGGCGUACCAGCGCGCCGUGCGGUUCACGCAGCAGGACAAGCUCAACAUGAACUGGGUCGGCAGCCUGCUGCAGACGCUGUGGCAUUUUCUGGUUUCAUUGAGCAGAAUAACGGCGAUAGCAGCGAUGGCGUACCUGUUCCCGCACUGGAUCACGCUCGCUUGCGCCGUCCACAUCUUAUUUAUGACCACGUGGCUGCAGUUCUUCGACAAGUCGCCAUUUUGUGCGCAAAACAAAAUGGCCGACAUUUUAUUCUCCCUAGCAUUAGGCGCCGUUUACAUCUUCACUUAUAUUUUACCGAUUGAAGGAAGAACUCGGUAUAGAUUUGCCACGUUUUAUACGCUAUGUUUUAUUGAGAACACAGCGAGCGGUGUUAUCUGGUAUUUGUAUGCCGCGGAUACUAUAAGCCCAGUGUAUUACUACUCAAUUUUGGGGCUGAGUGUAGUUCCGUUUGUGGUAGGGAUAGUGUUUAUGUUGGUGUACUAUGCGUUUUUGCACCCUAAAGUUAGGAGAGGGGUCAGAGAUUUCACGAUUACGUACAAAACUAAUGGGGAUGUGCCAGAGAUUGAAACUACAUAAGUGGCCUGAAUAUGAUGUUCAAAUGCCAAACCUACUUUUCGAAUAUUUUUACCUGUCUUUCGCAGUGGCGAUAAGAUUUUGCAUUUCAGUAUUAAACUAAAAUAGUACUUAAAUAUUGUUGAACAAGCAUUUUAUUACUUUUAAGUGGAACAUUAAGUACAGAGUUUUUUGUAUUUACUUUAUAGGUACAAACUUUUGUAACC